CUGUCUCCAGCGUCUGUGUCCCCUCUCGUCCACAUCUCACGCCAACGGGCAUGCUGCAUGUGUCUCACACUCGCUGCAAUCAGACACACAUAAUAUUAGCACUUCUGAGCGGUGCACCGUUUUACGAAAACAGUGCCAGAAUUGUUGACAGGCUGCAUGGUAUGAGAACACACGUUUGGGACAGGCAUCGAUAAAACGGGAGAUAUGCACCUCAACAGCUCUUGCACAGACUCGGCAGAAUUAAGGAUUACUGCCAUGAAAACCAGACUCGGAUGUUUUUCCCGCAAGUCUGACUCCUACGGUGACUUCUCCGAGUUCCUGCCUCCAGCCCAUGAAACCACUGCCAGAUGUGUGAAAUUGUCGACAGAAGAGGUCGUCCAAUGGUCCCAUUCCUUUGACCAAGUUGUUUCUCACAAAUAUGGCUUAGCUGCUUUUCGGACAUUUCUGAAAACCGAGUUUAGUGAUGAGAACAUCGAGUUCUGGAUGGCCUGCGAAGACUACAAAAAAAUCAAGAAUUCUACCAAACUUAUAUCAAAAGCAAAUAAGAUCUUCAAGGAAUUCAUUGAUGUUCAGGCACCAAGAGAGGUAAACAUUGACUAUCGCACCAGGAUGGAGACCAAACAGAGACUGGAGGAUCCUUCGCCGAGCAGCCUAAAUGAGGCUCAAGCCAAAAUAUAUAGUCUCAUGGAAAAAGACUCCUACCCACGAUUCCUCAGAUCAAAGAUGUACCUGGAUAUUGUCAAAAGAACACACGCCCACAGCCAACGGAGAUCUGUUUGAUCCAAUUGAAAGACAAGUUCAACGGACAUGAACGUUGCAUCUAUAUGUUUAAUAUUUAAUGCUCAGAUUUGUAUUUAAUUGAAUCUGCAAACUUGUGACAUGCAUCACUGCACCCUUUGUCUGCACCAGUUCCAUGUAUAGUACGCUAUCCUUAAAAAUGAUGAAAAGUGAAAUAGCUAAGUUGUAUUACUCUGUUUUUUUGUAAGGUCAUUCUCAACCAAAGAGCUGUCAUCUGCUAAACAUUACCUCAACAAAAAUAACAAGUACAAGAAUACAACUGUCAGAAACGUUGUAUAAUGAAGUUAUUAUAGAUGCUCUAGUAUAUUGUAGAUCUAACAUUGUAAUGAAAUGAUAACAUAAUAAAUAAUAAAAUAAACUCAGGAUAAUAUUAACACUGUGAUUCUUAUUAUUUCAUAUGCAUUUUACAAAACAAUGUGCUACUACUCCUUAUUCACAAUGAAUUCUGUGCUUCCUUAUACAACAACAUAAAACCCUGCAUUAAAAAAAGCAAACAAUAUCAACAUUGUGGUUGUGAAGCCGGUUGGAUGUACUG